AUGGGGGACUCAAACAUCAGCCACAAGGUAGUAGCUUACACAGAGAUGCAGGAGAGUCUCCCAGCAGGCAAGUUGGAUCAUUACAUGGACAACUAUGAUAUGGACUAUGGCAUCCCUCCUGAUGAGAUCCCAGACACCACGCAGGGCCUGGCCUUCUUUGUGGCCACCAUUGUUAUCGGCGUGGUGCUUGUUUGCAUCAUGCUUGUCUGCGGGUUGGGGAACUUCAUCUUCAUUGCCACGCUGACACGCUACAAAAAGCUCCGCAACCUCACCAACCUGCUCAUUGCCAACCUGGCCAUUUCAGACUUCAUUGUGGCAGUGGUGUGCUGCCCUUUCCUGGUGGACUACUACGUGGUGAAACAGCUUUCCUGGGAUCACGGAUUGGUGCUGUGUGCCUCUGUCAACUAUCUCCGGACCGUGUCCCUCUACGUGUCCACAAACGCAUUGCUUGCCAUUGCAGUUGACAGGUACAUGGCUAUAGUCUAUCCUCUGAGGCCUCGUAUGAAGUACCAAACUGCCUACUGUCUGAUAACAGGAGUCUGGAUUGUUCCCAUUCUGAUAUCUAUUCCCUCUGCUUACUUUGCCUCUGAGACCAUGUACCCUCAUGGCGGCACCACUCCCACCACUCACAAAGUCUUCUGCGCCCAGAUCUGGCCUGUGGACCAGCAGGCCUACUACCGAUCCUACUUCCUGUUUGUUUUUGCCGUGGAGUUCGUCGGGCCUGUGAUCGUCAUGGCAAUCUGUUACGCCCAAAUUUCCCGCGAGCUCUGGUUCAAGAAUGUCCCAGGUUUCCAGACGGAGCAGAUUAGGAAGAGGUUGCGUUGUCGCCGUAAGACAGUGAUGGUCCUGAUUGGGAUCUUGACAGCGUACAUCCUGUGCUGGGCACCAUACUAUGGCUUCACCAUCCUGCGAGAUUUCCAUCCAACACUCAUCUCCCGCCAGAAGAACUCACUGGUUGCCUUCUACAUCAUUGAGUGCAUUGCCAUGAGCAACAGCAUGAUAAAUACCUUCUGCUUUGUAAGUGUCAAGAACAACACAGUGAAGUACCUGAAGAAGAUUGUACUGCUGCGCUGGAGGUCAACGUAUGCCCCUAGUAAGACUGUGGAUGAGAUGGAUAUGAGGACCGCCUCCAUGCCUGUAACGGAGGAGAUUGAAUGCAUUCAGCUGAGGUGA